UAGAAGGUGACUUUGCACAUACUCGAAAGGCGAAAUACGAUAAGAAAACGAAGGUGAAAAAGAUCAAAGGGCACGAAUGCCCGAUUUGUUUCAGGAUGUUUAAAUCGGGGCAAGCUUUAGGUAGUCACAAACGGUCUCAUUUUAUUAACGGGUCGAUGGAUCAUUAUGCGGCCAUGGGUCACGCGGCUCCAUCGUGUUCGGAUAUGAUUGAUCUCAAUCUUGCUGCUCCAGAAGAGGACCAGGAUUGAAUGGUCAACGACUCAACGAUUGAGUGGUCAACUGGACAGGAAGAUUACAACAGAUUGAGACCUCUGAGUUAUCGCGGUGCAGAUGUUUUUAUACUCGCGUUUUCACUAAUUAGCAAGGCCAGCUAUGAAAAUAUCUCUAAAAAGUGGAUUCCUGAAUUGAGGCAUUAUGCACCCGGGGUGGUUCCAAUAAUCCUUGUUGGAACAAAGCUAGAUCUUCAUGAUGAUAAGCAGUUUUUAACGGACCAUCCCGGUGCAGUUCCAAUUACAACGGUUCAGGGAGAGGAGUUGAGGAAGUUAAUCGGUGCUCCUGCUUACAUUGAGUGUAGCUCAAAAACACAGCAGAAUGUGAAGGCUGUUUUUGAUGCAACCAUUAAUCUGGUUCUGCAGCCACCAAAGCAAAAGAAGAAAAAGAAGCGAAAGGGUCAAAAGGGGUGCUCCAUAUUGUGAUUUUGGCCUCAAAACAGUGAAAAAUCUAGCAUGAGGUGCUAAUUACCUUUCUAAAGUAUUUGAUAAAUUGCUCACUUUUGCUUUUUUCUGUCUCAUGAAAACAAGUUGUGUUGUGCUGAAUAUGAAAUAGACUGGAGGUGUUUGUAAGCUCAUAUGUAUAUUGUUGAGGGUAUUUUUGGUAUUUGUAGUUUGCUCUGUUUGGGUUGAAAUUAAUUUGGUGUGGUUUUUGUAACC